AUGAAGGAGUACACAGAUGAAGCAGAAGAAACACUUUCUUUGUGCGAUCUUCCAUUGUAUAGUACUGAUGGUGGUGGUGCUGAUUGGGAAGAGGACUUGUCCACAGAGUCAAAAGGUGGUUCGAAUUCGACGUCAUCAUUGGAACAAGAUUACUUCGAGUUCUCCAGUCAAGAAAUGAUUACUUCCAUCACCCCUUUACAGCUGGAAAACAUCAUCUUCUGUGGAAAAAUAAUUCCUUAUAAACAUCCUGCGGUCCCGGCCACGAAAGAUUCGAAGCUAGUUGAAAACAAGAAAAUGCGAGGCAUAGGCCUUUUCUGGCUGAAGUUGAAUUCAUUAUUCAGCAGAAAUAGUACAAAAAGCCCUCCCAUGGAGAAGAAUAUUGAAAAGAAGUCCUGGGCAAUAUUGCCUGAAUCAUCGAAGAGAAUGUCGAUAUUAACAUCAUCAUCAUCAGGGAAAGCUAGAUGGUACUUGUUAUUGUUUGGAAUAACAAGAUUUUCAACAGAGAUGGAAUUGAGGGACAUGAAGAACAGGCAAUGCCGUCGCCAGAGCAACACAUCUUCGCCAAAGUUUACAUUUAAAAGAGGGGAUGAGAAGCUUAUAAGUACAAGGACAAGCAGAGAAAUGGGGGCAUGGGGCCUGAUCAGGGCGUUGAGUUGCGGUGGUGGCCACCACACCGAUGCAGUCUAA